GGCAGGAGCGGUCCCGAGCGCGGCUCCGCUCGGCUCCUGUGCGGCUCCCGCCGGGCCCUCGGUCCCCGUCCGUCCCCGGCGCGGCAGGGCACGAUGGCGGCCGGGUUGGGGCCGUGGCUCCUGGCCUUGGCCUUGGCCUCGGGGCCGGCAGGGGUGUGGGCGCAGCUGAGGCUGGUGGAGGCCGGCGGAGGGCUGAGAGCUCCCGGGGACUCCGUGCGCCUCUCCUGCCGCGGAUCCGGCUUUGACUUCAAGUAUUACUACGUAUAUUGGUACCGUGAGGCCCCCGGUGGUGGUCUCGAGUGGGUGUCUGUCAUCAGCUCUGAUUCCUCAGUUACUCAGUUCGGGCAGUCUGUGCAGGGUCGAGCCACGGUGUCCCGUGACAAUUCCCAGUCCGAGUCCUCUCUGUCCCUGAGUGCCCUGCAGCCCCAGGACUCUGCCCGCUACUUCUGUGCUGUUCACCCAGAGAGAGGAAUGUGUGUUACUGCUGCUCUUGUCUUUGGGAAGGGGACUCAACUGACCGUGGAGCCAAACAAUACAAAAAGUUCUGACCCAGAAGUCAUUGUGAUGACAUCAAAGAAACAGAAAGAUGGCAGCGUUGGGAAAGCAGCUUGUUUGGCAAGGAAUUUCUCUACAAAGAACAUCAGCUUGGAGAUGUCUUCUGAUAGGGUCGUAUAUGAACAGAGUACAUCCAUUUUGACGUCAGAGGGUUUGUACGAUACUAUUAAGGUGGUCAAUGUGACAAAAGGCAAAGAGGUGACCUGCACGGCCAAAUUCGACAACAGCAUGAUUACAGAAAACACACCAUUGUCAGAAAAGGAGGCUGAAGAACCAGUAACAGAGAAGGUUUGCAACACCACAGACACCUCUGCACAAGAUACCAAAGUGGAGAAAGCGAACAUGCUGUCUAUGGCUGUGUUGGGUUUAAGAGUCCUGCUGGCAAAAAGUAUCGCCUUCAAUACACUGAUGAGUAUCAAGUUGUUUCUUUUCUGAGACAGUGCAGAAGCAAAGCAUCAGAAAUCUGAAGAACAGCAGGAGGGAGUGUGUACCAGCAGCACAAUGGAUUGAACAGCCGGUGUCAAUUCUGCUGACAAUAACCAUCCAGAACACAACCAGCACCUUCUCCUUAAGAGAUUUUAUACUGUUGAAUCCUGCCUGGCUUGUUUAUUUAGUUUUAACAGUUGUAACUGCUUUUGCUAUUUCUUUUUCUCUGUGACCUGAGGAGAGUGUAUUUUUCCUUACCCCCCUGCUAAGUAGAAAUUGAUCUCCCCACUCCUCUAGCCUUUGCAUAGAAGCAUCCAACCUGCUUCAAUAGUUUUGAAAAAUUCAAUCCUCAUUGUAGAUAUUUGACCCUUUUAAAACACGUUUUACAGGCAUGUUACAUUACUGUCUGUAGAACUGAUGUAUUACUGCUGAGAGAAUUCAGGCAUAGUAGAUGCUAUUUAUAGCUUUAAUGUUUCUUAAAUAGCUUUAAUAACAAUAAUUUUCUAGUGUAGAUGAGAAGACCUGUGUUGAGUCUGAAGUAAUUCAGUUCAAUCAGGUAAUGUUGUUGAGCAUUUCUUUAUUAAACCUCUAUUUCCUCUGCAAAGUGUAUGGCACAUGAAUUUUAGGUUGCUGUAGUAGUGAAGAAAAUAAAGUUUUUUUCUAA